GGAAGAAAAAGUUAGCCUUUGAUAGGAAUACACACACACACACACACACACACACACACACACACACACACAAACGACUCGAAGUGAGUCUUAACUAUCGAGAGACCCCCAAAGUGAGACAGGAGAAUGGAGGUCGAAGCAAAGGCAGGAGGUUUAUUUUUCUGGUGAGUGACGAGAAGGCACCCCCGACUGGUUAUUACAAGCAGUUUUUAUUCUUUUUAGGGGCACAGGUUACAUCAGCAAGGUUACAGUUCAAACUUAUUGGUUAAGCAUAUUGACCUUUAAAUGUAUUGGCCGUAGCAAGCAUGACACAAAUUUGAACUCUACCUGGGACUUUUCAGAGGGUCCUGUGACUAUCAGUCAGUACUUUCUGAAUUUUUUUACUCAAGAAUGUUCCUGUGGGUGGAGAAUGGAACUUGGCCUAGCCUUGUCCCCAGGCAGGAGGGGGAAGCUGCAAGGAGGGUGUGGGACUGGAAAAGCCCUUAGGGUCCCCCAUAUAUAAACAAAGACAGAACACAGGAGAAGAGAAACCAGUGAGUGUCAGGAAAGGGAGGGACUGCUAGUUCAAAGUCCUCUUAAAUUCCCUUCCCUAACACAUUAUUAUAGCAGAAAUCUCUCUCUUUGGGGCUAAUGAAAUAAGACCUUUUGAAAAAUAUUUCUCCCUUCUCUUUGUUCAAGAAAAGCCUAAAGUAGGAAGGACCACUUAUAAUCGGAAAUGCGCUGUUACCAUAGGUGUGGGAACUGAAUUGAACUUUGAUUUGUGGAAAAGUGGAGUAAAUACUCUGAAGGGACAGCGUAGAACUCAGGAAGAGCUCAGUGGCUCAAGAGAGUCGGGGGAGAAAGUUAAUAUAAACACAGUUAGGCAGCUGGGUAGGUUAACAGGCAAUUAUGAAGGUUAGAAUUCUGUCUUCCCACACCCAUUUCAAAAGAGUGGCUCUCAGGACCUUGAAAAGGAUACUUCUGCGGGCUGGAGAUACAAACACACCCCAAAGGGACAAAGGAUUAACAAAUGUAAGCAGUUCCAAGCGGGGGUAGGUAGGGAAGUAGGGUAGAUAGGGAAGUGUAUUCAAGGCCCGUGUGCCCCUGGGCGCUGUGCACUUGGGAGACCAGAGGCCAAUGUCUGUCUGGGGCCUCGUCUAUUGGAAUUACAUUUUAAUUUUUGUUUUCUUGGGAAAGGGCUUCUCACCGAACCCAACGUUCACUAGACAUGCUAGCCAGUAAGUCAGGGUCAGACUCCCCGGUGUGCUGGGGUUACGGGCUGGUUCUGCCGGGCUUGACUUUUUUAUUUUUAUUUUUCCUCACAUGGGUGCCUGGAUACACACUCACCAGGUGCAUACUCAGAUCUCUACCUACGUGUGGCGGACACUUCGCUAGCAGUUAUCUCCCCAGCUCCAUAAGUCAUUUUCAGGAAGCCUAUAUAGGACAGUAGAUUCGAACAACAGUGAGAUCUCUUGGCAGCUUGGAACAGGUACUGAUAGGGGCUUAGGGUCAUCCAGAGGAACCAUUAGAAAUGAUGCCAGAAUAAGGAGAGGGUACAAGAUGGAAGUCUACAGUUUUUGUAAGCUAAGAUCGAGGCCUACUUAAGAGGACUCAGGACCUAGAUAGAAUUUGGCCAAGGAGAGACUGUCUCUCUCAACCUACCAGGACCACAUCUUUCCUCAAUGCUUAAUGGAAAGAAAACUUAUAUUCUGGUCUAUUUUUUCCUUAUUUUAUUCCAGCCAAAUUAACAUCUCUCCUCUGGCUUCAUAGCAUCUAUUAUACUCUUUCUCAUACAGAAAUUUUUCAAGUGGUACCGGAGGCAUUCUCAUAAUCUUAUUUCAUUGUGCACAUAGGCACACAGACACUUUCCCAAGGACCAUUAAAUCAGUUCAGCAUCUGUGCAGCCCUGGGAGACAAGGGAGAGAUUCACUGACACAGGGUACUGAGAUCUCUUCAGUCACGACCUGACAUUGAUGAAAGACAGCUAAGAAGCACUGAUACUUCUGCGGCCAUUGUUUUGGUUUUUUUUUUUUUUUUAACCCUGCAGAACCUGAUUCUUAAGUCAACGCUAGGAGUGUUUCAACACACACAACUUGGAGGCUUGUUAUCUGAGAGCCCCUUAGAGGUAAGCAAUAUCCAGCUUAUUCUCAGGGUAUGGAGAAGUCAUAACCCCUAUGAAAUGCAAGUCAUAGUUGGUAGGUAGGAGAGACAUAAUCCAAAAGAUAUUAAGUAUUGUUGAAGGUCAGAACCUUUCUUUGUUGCUAGUGGGAGUUAAAUGGCUCAGAUACUUUGAAAGCACAGUGGCAGUCUUUCAAAGUUCACGGUUGGGAUUAAGACAGUCUAGCAACUCCACUCUUUGAUUUCAGUUUCACUCAACAGAAAUGAAAGCAUGCACACACAAAAACGGGCACACGAAUGCUUAUAGCUGCAUUAUUCUUAAUAGCCAAGAGGUGGAAACACUGAUAUGCCUGGCAACUGUUGAAUAUAUUAAUGGAAAUGCGGUAUGCAAUACAAUGGAAUACACUUCAGUGAUAAAAAGGAAUAAAAUGUUGACUUGUGCUGUACCUCAGACCAAUCUUGGAAGCCUAGUGCUACACGAAAGAAAUUAGACACCAAGACCAAAUAUUGUAUGGUCCAGGCUAGGCAAAUUCACAGAGACAGAGAGUUAAGUAGUGUUUCCUAGGGCAAAGGUUUGUGGAGAUGCAGCUAGGAGUAGUGAUUGCUAAAACGUAAAAGUCUCUUUUUGAGAUGGUAAAAAUAUCCCAACACUGUGGUAAUAGUUACAACCUGUGAAUAUUACUAAGAACCAUUGACUGCUUACACCAUACAUGGGCGAAAACAAAACAAAACAAAACCAUCAAUUAUUUAUAAGACUGAAAUUUGGCACUAAACAUCGAAAACCUUGUUAUUUCAAAUCCCCGCCACCAACGUACUGGGGGGCUCCCCAGCAGGUCUGGGCUUUCACGUGUGAGGUGUCCUCGCCGCAGCAGCGCUGCAGAGGUUAGUCGGGGCAGUGUGGGACGCGGCUCCCGCGGCCUCAGGUCACGGCGCGCCCCUCCUCCGGGCCUGAGUCACGGCGUCGCCGGAGUCCCCACGCGAGGAUGCUGCGGUGAGCGAGGUCCGGACGCCGCGGGCCCUGGGGCGCAGCGUGGGGCUCUCGGCCGCCCGCCCAGCGCCGCCGCUCGGGACUGCUCGGGACAGUCGGCGGCCUGCGCGCCCCGGGCCUCCAUGGCGUUCACCCGGAAGAGGCAGCGCGAGCAGCAGCUGCAGCUCUACUCCAAGGAGAGGUUCUCCUUACUGCUGCUCAACUUGGAGGAGUACUACUUCGAGCAGCAUACGGCUUUCCAUGUCCAGCACCAGGGCAGCCCCGAGGAAAGGAAAAUCAGAGGCUCCUUAAAGAUAUGUUCAAAAUCAGUGAUUUUUGAACCAGAUGCAAUAUCGCAGCCCAUUCUUAAGAUUCCUUUGAGAGACUGUUUAAAAAUAGGAAAACAUGGAGAAAAUGGAGCCAAUAAACACUUUGCAAAGGCAAAAUCUUUGGGUAUUUCACUCAUUUUCAGUCAGGUAUAUUUCAUUAAGGAGCACAACAUCGUGGCACCGUAUAAGAUAGAACGGGGAAAAAUGGAGUAUGUCUUCCAACUGGAAGUUUCUGGGAAGGUGGAAGAUGUUGUGGAGACAUUGCUACAGCUGCACAGAGCAUCCUGCCUUGAUAAACUUGGUGACCAAAUGGCCAUGAUAACAGCUAUCUUGCAGUCACGUUUGGCUAGGACAUCAUUUGACAAAAACAGGUUCCAAAGCGUUUCAGAAAAGCUGCACAUGGAGUGCAAAGCAGAGAUGGUGACGCCUCUGGUGACGAACCCUGGGCAUGUGUGCAUUACUGACACCAACCUGUAUUUCCAGCCUCUCAACGGGUACCCGAAACCUGUGGUCCAGAUAACGCUCCAAGAUGUCCGGCGCAUUUACAAAAGGAGGCACGGCCUCAUGCCUUUGGGCUUGGAAGUGUUUUGCACAGAAGAUGACCUGUGUUCUGACAUAUACCUAAAGUUCUAUGAGCCUCAAGACAGAGAUGACCUCUAUUUUUAUAUUGCCACGUACCUAGAACACCACGUGGCAGAACACACUGCGGAGAGCUACAUGCUGCAGUGGCAGCGAGGGCACCUGUCCAACUACCAGUACCUGCUCCACCUCAACAACCUGGCCGACCGCAGCUGCAAUGACCUGUCCCAGUACCCUGUGUUUCCAUGGGUAAUAAGUGACUACUCCAGCCCAGAGCUAGAUUUGUCAAAUCCUGCAACCUUCCGAGAUCUUAGUAAGCCAGUGGGAGCCCUAAAUCCAGAGAGGCUGGAGAGACUGCUGACUCGAUACCAGGAAAUGCCUGAGCCGAAGUUCAUGUAUGGGAGCCACUACUCUUCCCCAGGCUAUGUGCUCUUUUACCUCGUUAGGAUCGCACCAGAAUAUAUGCUGUGUCUACAAAAUGGAAGAUUUGAUAAUGCAGAUAGGAUGUUCAACAGCAUUGCAGAAACCUGGAAAAACUGUUUGGAUGGUGCGACGGACUUCAAAGAGUUGAUCCCAGAAUUCUAUGAUGAAGACGCCAGCUUCUUGAUCAAUAGUCUGAAGUUGGAUCUGGGGAAGAGACAAGGAGGGCAGAUGGUUGACGACGUGGAGCUUCCUGCAUGGGCCUCAAGUCCCCAAGACUUUCUCCAGAAGAACAAGGACGCCUUGGAAAGCAGUUAUGUGUCUGAGCACCUUCAUGAGUGGAUUGAUCUGAUAUUUGGCUAUAAGCAAAAAGGGAGUGAGGCCAUAGGGGCCCAUAACGUGUUUCACCCCCUGACCUAUGAAGGCGGUGUAGACCUGAACAGCAUUGAGGAUCCCGAUGACAAAGUAGCCAUGCUGACCCAAAUUUUGGAAUUUGGGCAGACACCAAAACAGCUGUUUGUGACACCACAUCCUCGAAGGAUCACCCCCAAGUUUAAAAGUUUGUCCCAAGCGUCCAGCUACAAUGCUUCUAUGACAGACUCCCCAGUUUCUCCAGGGGAGGAGUCAUUUGAAGACCUGACUGAAGAGAGCAAAACUCUGGCCUGGAAUAACAUCACCAAGUUGCAGCUACAUGAGCAGUACAAAAUCCACAAAGAGGCGGUUACAGGGAUAGCAGUGUCUUGCAAUGGGUCUUCAGUCUUUACCACCUCACAAGGCUUCAGAUCUUCCCCCAGCUUGUUAAGAAUUGUACCACUGGAAUAGAAUUGAAGACCCGGAAAUGAACCCACACACCUAUGGGCACUUGAUUUUUGACAAAGGAGCCAAAACUAUCCAAUGGAAAAAAGAUAGCAUUUUCAGCAAAUGGUGCUGGUUCAACUGGAGGUCAGCAUGUAGAAGAAUGCAGAUUGAUCCAUGCUUAUCAACCUGUACAAAGCUUAAGUCCAAGUGGAUCAAGGACCUCCACAUCAAACCAGAUACACUCAAACUAAUAGAAGAAAAAGUGGGGAAGCAUCUCAAACACAUGGGCACUGGAGAAAAUUUCCUGAACAAAACACCAAUAGCUUAUGCUCUAAGAUCAAGAAUCGACAAAUGGGAUCCCAUAAAACUGCAAAGCUUCUGUAAGGCAAAGGAUACUGUUGUUAGGACAAAACAGCAACUAACAGAUUGGGAAAAGAUCUUGACCAAUCCUACAACAGAUAGAGGGCUUAUAUCCAAAAUAUGCAAAGAACUUAAGAAAUUAGACCACAGGGAGACAAAUAACCCUAUUAAAAAUGGGGUUCACUGAUAAGAAAGGGGAGGGGGGAGGGGGAUGUUUGCCUGGAAACCGGGAAAGGGAAUAAUACUCGAAAUGUAUAUAAGAAAUACUCAAGUUAAUAAAAAAAAUGGGGUUCAGAGCUAAACAAAGAAUUCACAGCUGAGGAAUGCCGAAUGGCUGAGAAGCAUCUAAAGAAAUGUUCAACAUCUUUAGUCAUAAGGGAAAUGAAAAUCAAAACAACCCUGAGGUUCCACCUCACACCAGUGAGAAUGGCUCAAAAACUCAGGUGACAGCAGAUGCUGGAGAGGAUGUGGAGAAAGAGGAACACUCCUCCAUUAUUGGUGGGAUUGCAGAUUGGUACAACCAUUCUGGAAAUCAGUCUGCAGGUUCCUCAGAAAACUGGACAUUGAACUACCUGAGGACCCAGCUAUACCUCUCUUGGGCAUAUACCCAAAAGAUGCCCCAACAUAUAACAAAGACACGUGCUCCACUAUGUUCAUAGCAGCCUUAUUUAUAAUAGCCAGAAGCUGGAAAGAACCCAGAUGCCCUUCAACAGAGGAAUGGAUACAGAAAAUGUGGUACAUCUACACAAUGGAAUACUACUCAGCUAUCAAAAACAAUGACUUCAUGAAAUUCAUAGGCAAAUGGAUGGAACUGGAAAAUAUCAUUCUGAGUGAGGUAACCCAAUCACUGAAAAACACACAUGGUAUGCACUCAUUGAUAAGUGGCUAUUAUCCCAAAUGCUUGAAUUACCCUAGAUGCACAGAACACAUGAAACUCAAGACGGAUGACCAAAAUGCGAAUGCUUCACUCCUUUAAAAGGAGAACAAGAAUACCCUUGGCAAGGAAUAGGGAUGCAAAGUUCAGAACAUAGGCAGAAGGAACACCCAUUCAGAGCCUGCCCCACAUGUGGCCCAUACAUAUACAACCACCAAACCAGAUAAGAUGGAUGAAGCAAAGAAGUGCAGGCUGACAGGAGCCAGAUGUAGAUCUCUCCUGAGAGACACAGCCAGAACACAGCAAA